UUUUUUUCUCCACUUCUAAUUCACAAUCGAGACUUCUCCUCUCUCUCUCUCUCUAUCUCUCAAUUCACUCUCUCUCUCUCUCCAAGCUCAAGAAAACGAGAUCCAACUUUUUCCUUCUCUUCAAUCUUUCUCUCUUUUUCAAUUAUGGAUCGAUUGUGUGAGAGAGAUCCAUGGUAUGAUGAGAUGAAGAACGCUAAGAAGAUUUAUGAUCAAUUAGAAGAAGUCGGAAUGAUGGAAGGAAUUCCGAAUAGAUGUCCUUGUGGUGGACGCAUCCUCGACAAGAUCUCUGAGAACGAUGGUGACAAAGGGAAGAGAUACUAUCAAUGCAACGUGUAUAAGAAUGAUGGUUUACACAUUCGGAAACUUUGGGAUAAAGCUAUGGAAGAAGAGGUGACUAACUUAAGGGAGGAGGUUGAUACCCAUCACAAAAAGAUUCAAAGCUUGGAGUACUAUCAAGAAGAAAUGCGUUCGGAGUUGAAAGGUAAUGGUAAGGAGAUCCAAAAACUGAAGGAGUUAGUCGCUCAUCUAGCGGAGAAAUGCGUUCGGAGUUAGUCGCUCACUAAUGUGUAAGCUUAUUUUUUGCUUUGUAAGACUUGUCUAUGCUUUGUAAGACUUUUCUAUGAUUUAUGAGACUUUCCUAUGCUUUGUAAGCUUAUUACCAUUAUCAGUAUUACUAGUUUUACACGUAUUCCUUAAUUAGUAAUACCAGUUUUACUAGUAUUACCAGUAUUACCAUUAUCAGUAUUACUAGUUUUACCCGUAUUCCUUAA